CCCCGCGGCGCCGGCCAGGCUCCCCUCGGCGCGCGCCCGGCCUGCCCGCUUCUUCCUGUGUUCCCCGCUCCUCACCCCAGCACUCCCCGCCUGCCGUUGGCUGCCACCCUGGCCCAACCGCCGUUUUUCCGGACUAGGAGGGUGGAAGNGGAGGGAGGGAGGCGUGGGCAGGGCACGACCUCCUGAGUGACGGCCGGGCUGGCCAAUCGUCCCCCCGUAUAGGAGGGCCACGGCCUGCGGCACCGCCCCCAGGACUGUGCUGGUUGGUCCAGGUGGGAGAGGGAGGUCCCGGGGGCCGCUAGUGCGGGGCGUGAGGCCGGGCGGGCCAGCCUCUGAGGAACUUGGUGGGUCUCGGGCUGGGAAGCUGGUGAUGCUUUUUGAACCCAUGGCGCGGCCUGGAGGGAAGAGCUUGUCGGCACAUGGAGGCUCUCCGGGGUUCGCGCUUUCCUCACGACUCUGGACGGAGUUCCUCUGGCGGGCUCAAUUUCAGUCCAUGAAAUUGGGACACCAGGCGUUCUUGCCAAGCCUCGCCUCUCUCCUCAGCAUUGUUUGAGGGACUGUUCUCUGAAAAUGGAGUCCAAGCUACUCUGCCAGCCUCAAAAGUAAUUUGCAAAUGGUGGUGUUAGUUUUUUCGUCUUAAUGUGGUGCCGGGGACGGCCCUGCCAUUGAGUAACAUCCCUAGUCCCAAAAUGGUGAUGUGGAAAAAUAUAAGGAACCAACUGGAGUGGAAAACUUGUGAGGUUCUCUAAUGAUCUUGCUUCACCAUGGCUACAAAUAUGGAGGGGCUGGUUCAGCACAGAGUGGGGACCCAGCAGGUGGCUGAGAGGAUUCGGGUUCAGUUUCUACCACCCAUGUGAUGGCCCACAACCUUCUACAGCAUCAGUUCCAGGGAUUGAAUACCCUCUUCCAACUUCUGUGGGGACCAGGCAUGCAUGUGGUGUAUAGUUAUAUAUAGGUACCCAGGUGACCACUCAGCACGUUGAUCCUCGCCUUUGGUACCACGUACACAGACCUCUUGGCCGGAAUCUCCAGGGAUGACCAGCCCCUCCCCGCGCAUCCAGAUAAUUUCCACCGACUCUGCGGUAGCCUCACCUCAGCGCAUUCAGAUUGUAACAGACCAGCAGACAGGACAAAAGAUCCAGAUAGUCACCGCAGUGGAUGCUUCUGGAUCCUCUAAGCAGCAGUUCAUCCUAACCAGCCCAGAUGGAGCUGGAACUGGGAAGGUGAUCCUGGCUUCUCCGGAAACAUCCAGUGCCAAGCAGCUCAUAUUCACCACCUCGGACAACCUUGUCCCUGGCAGGAUCCAGAUCGUCACGGAUUCUGCUUCUGUGGAGCGUUUGCUGGGGAAGGCAGACGUCCAGCGGCCCCAGGUGGUGGAGUACUGUGUGGUCUGUGGCGACAAAGCCUCUGGCCGGCACUAUGGGGCUGUCAGUUGUGAAGGUUGCAAAGGUUUCUUCAAAAGGAGNGUGAGGAAGAAUCUGACCUACAGCUGUCGGAGCAGCCAAGACUGCAUCAUCAACAAGCACCACCGCAACCGCUGCCAGUUCUGCCGGCUGAAGAAGUGCCUGGAGAUGGGCAUGAAGAUGGAGUCUGUACAGAGUGAACGGAAGCCCUUUGAUGUNCAACGGGAGAAACCAAGCAAUUGUGCUGCUUCCACUGAGAAGAUCUAUAUCCGGAAAGAUCUGAGAAGUCCUCUGAUAGCCACUCCCACAUUUGUGGCAGACAAAGAUGGAGCAAGACAAACAGGUCUUCUUGAUCCAGGGAUGCUUGUGAACAUCCAACAGCCUUUGAUACGUGAGGAUGGUACAGUUCUCCUGGCCGCAGAUUCCAAGGCUGAAACAAGCCAAGGAGCUCUAGGUACACUGGCAAAUGUAGUGACCUCUUUGGCCAACCUGAGUGAAUCUUUGAACAACGGUGAUGCUUCAGAAAUGCAGCCAGAGGACCAGUCUGCAAGUGAGAUUACUCGGGCAUUUGACACCUUAGCGAAAGCACUUAAUACCACAGAUAGUGCUUCACCUCCAAGCCUGGCAGAUGGGAUAGAUGCUAGUGGAGGAGGGAGUAUCCAUGUCAUCAGCAGAGAUCAGUCAACACCCAUCAUUGAAGUUGAAGGCCCUCUCCUUUCAGACACACAUGUCACAUUCAAGCUUACAAUGCCCAGUCCUAUGCCAGAGUACCUCAAUGUACAUUACAUCUGUGAGUCUGCAUCCCGCCUGCUUUUCCUCUCCAUGCACUGGGCAAGGUCAAUCCCAGCCUUCCAGGCACUUGGACAGGACUGCAAUACCAGCCUGGUGAGGGCCUGCUGGAAUGAGCUCUUCACUCUUGGCCUGGCCCAGUGUGCCCAGGUCAUGAGUCUCUCCACCAUCCUGGCAGCCAUUGUCAACCACCUACAGAACAGCAUCCAGGAAGAUAAGCUUUCUGGUGACCGGAUAAAGCAAGUGAUGGAGCACAUCUGGAAGCUGCAGGAGUUCUGUAACAGCAUGGCGAAACUGGAUAUAGACGGCUAUGAGUACGCAUACCUUAAAGCUAUAGUUCUCUUUAGUCCCGAUCAUCCAGGUUUGACAGGCACAAGCCAGAUUGAGAAAUUUCAGGAGAAGGCACAGAUGGAAUUACAGGACUAUGUGCAGAAAACUUACUCAGAAGAUACUUACAGAUUGGCCAGGAUUCUUGUCCGCCUACCAGCACUCAGGCUCAUGAGCUCCAACAUAACAGAAGAACUGUUUUUUACUGGUCUCAUUGGCAAUGUUUCAAUAGACAGCAUAAUUCCUUACAUCCUCAAGAUGGAGACAGCAGAAUAUAAUGGCCAGAUCACUGGAGCCAGUCUAUAGUGCACAACCAGCAGCUGCCAACAGUGGGAUGCCUCCUAGGACUGUGCAGGUGCAAGGGAAGGGAAGUGUAGCAGUGUCAUGGUGUGCACAGGUGUCUCCAGUGUGUUAGCCACUUCUUCCUGUUCAUCCCAGACAAUAGCAACUAAAGAUGAGUAGAACUCUUCCCUGCCCUAAAAAAUGUUUUAACACCUUUUGGUGAACCAGAUUUUGGAACAAUCUUUUAAUUCAAUUUGUAUUUAAAAAUUCUCAAAGGGCAAAAAACAAUACUGAAGUUUUAUAAUGUCAGAGACUAGUAUUAAAAGAACCUAAGAACAGUAUGUGUAAAUACAUUUAAAAAAAAAAGUCCUUGGAAUUAAUAGCUACUAAUUACCAGGGUAAUGUUAGCACUUUCUAAGCACUUCUUAUCAAAUCUGCAAUGUUAACAUCUUACCUGUGGACAGGGCAAAUGGAAAACUGUGUCUCUUUUGUCAAAAUGCUAAUGAUUUCUGUGAAAAGUCACUAGGGUACAGGAGACAAUCGUUCACAUUUGUAAGAGGGCAGCACUUCUAGCUGUGUGGAGUGGUGGUGCUACGCUAAAUUCCUGUGAGUAAAAUGUGGAUUCCUGGCAUUGUGUGCAGGGGAUAUAACUUGCAGUGACCCAGUAAGAGCUGCUAUGCCAGCAGAGAUGGCCUGUCAGGGUCCUUACCCACAUGGUUGGUCCUGAUCCCUGUCUGCAGACUCUUCCAGAACCUGGGCUCCACUAAUUUUCAGAAUUAGAUUGCAGCUUGUCCGAAUGCCUGUGAUAAGAGUCCUGUAAUUCUUCCAGUGACUGAAAGUACACCUGGAUCCCUCUACCAACUUGUAGGAACUGGAGCCUUUGACCAGAGUGCAAGGUGGUUGACUGCAUCCUUUGACAUGACCUGUUGUCCAGGUUGAGUGUGGCUUCUGCAGUGAGAGCUCCUAUUUCUGGUGCAUCUGGAGAGGGGCCAGUAUCUGAUCAUUCAGAGCCUGCAGCUGGGUGGGGGUUGUGUAUCCUCACUGUCUGGUGAGGGAGGGACUGGCCUUAGAAUGUGAAACAAAAGGCAUCAAGAGAAAUACUUUCUGAUCUUUUAAGUAUUAGUGAUUUUAGUGUACUGGGACANGAUGCUUUUCAGUUCUCCCAGGUAUGUGCUAGUCCAACAAAGCUCUCUGGGGCAUGUGAGAUAACAGAAGUAGACCACCUUCUCUCUGAAAGAGAAUCCAAAAACAAUCCUCAGUCAGGGCACAUCGUGCAGGCCUGUAACCCCAACACUUGUGGGGCUGAGGCACAAGACUUAUAUAUACUUUGAAGGCCAAUCUGAGCAACUUAAUGAGGAAACUCCUGAGUUUUAAAGGGGUCUGGGAAGUGGGGUAGGGUGGUGACUUAGUGGUAAUGUGCUUGCCUAGCAUGCACCAGGUCCUGGGUUCCAUCCCCAGUACCAAAAGAAAAAAGAAAAACCUUCAUUCACAAAUUCCCUUAAGCUAUAAUGACCAUAGUUUCCAACAAGAAAGAAUACAGAAUUCAGUUGCAAGGAAGUUAGAUCUGACUUAAAGCUCUUUGCAUUCCCAUGGACAGGAGACUGGGGAAAAAAAAAAAGUGGAAGUAUACUUGGUAUUUGCAUUUAGAUUAGCAGAAAUUAAGCAAAAUACCUCCUGUAAGAUUAAGUUUGUACCUGUUUAUGGGCAGGUACAGCCAUGGGCUCAAGGCUAGAUAGGCUGUUUCCUUUUGAGGAGUUAAUGACACUUUAUUCACUGCUCGUGGGAUUUAAGUACAGAAGUAUCUCUAGCUUCUCAAUUCCCAGCUAGAUUUGGAAGCCAGUGUUGGAGAACAGCAGGGAUUGCCAGUAUCAAAUGAUGGAAAGGACAUAAUUUUGCCAGCUUAAAGCUUUUUUUCUUCUUAUGUAUGUAUUCAAAAUUAAGACAAAAGCUCUGGACACCAGUAUAGUCUAUUUUAAUCUCUGUAGAGAUUCCUGUAGCACAUUAAUCAAUACAUCUUACAGUGCUGGCUUUGCUUCCCUUAGGGUUUUAGAAUGUGAGCCACUCUGACAGGGCCUGGACAUCCUGGCUCCCAUUUGGUAUUUAGACCACAUAGUUGGGUAAGAAGUACCAGCCUCUAUAUUAAAAAAAAAAAAGAGUUGGUGAUUCUAACCCUGGUCCUUUGUAAGUUCCGUCAUUAGUAAUGGCCAAUUGACAGGGCCACUUUGGGCCAAACUCCUUCACUGGUUGUCCAGAUCUUUGUGGCCUUACCUUUAACAAUUGUAUCCAUACAAUGUUCUCAUUAACUGAAAUCAUUUCAAACUUUGAAUGAUGCUCCAUUCCAUGGCUUGUCGAGUGACCUAUGAAGGUCAGCCCCAGUUGCUUCUGGGCUUCAGCUUUCAGGGCUUUCCACCCUUGGUUUAUGAGUCUGUGAUACUCCAAGCCUUAUGAAGCAGGGCUGACCUAUCUAGACACCCCUCUCAGGGAGGUGGACAGACACACUGACCUGGCUACUUUUGCAGAUAGGCUAGGGUGGANAGAUACACACCAACCUGGCUAACUAGGCUCUUUUCCAGAAAGGUCUUAAAUNUUGAUAGUUCCAUGUUAAAAUUUGGGAUAAAAUAUGACAGGAGAUGUACACAGAGACCAAAUUCCCUAAGCAAGUCAUCCUAGUUACUCCUCAAAUGUUACAGUGUGUCACUGUCCUUCCAGUUUGCAGUGUGUGUUGAAGAGGCUCUUCACUGCCUUGUCUCUUUCUGAGGCUGCAGUUGGGGUUGUGGUGUCUUGAGUUUCUAUAUUGAAAUUCAAGUGAGUCACUUAUGCCCUUGGAAUGGUUUUCUAGUUUGUCAGUGUUAGUAUUAGAUGUGGAUGGUGUUCUGAGGUAGUCAUGGCAUCANUCAGGGUGGUCAGUAUGGCCUUCGAAUGGAGCAGCAGCAUCCACACUACAUAAAGUUGUUUUGAAGGGUAGUACUGCUCAUGCAGUUCUCUGAUCAGUAUCCCUAAGAGCUGGACCUAUUGUCAUGGGGGUCUGGAAGACUGUUGCUGCUUUCCAGUGGCUGGGUGCAGCAGGGCUGUUGGUGCUGCUGAAAUUCUAGAUCCAGGCCUUGAAAAGCAUCACUUGACAGCUGCUUUUUUUUCCAAGGGGAAGGUCCUGGUAAAACAGAUGCCCACCUCUUUUCCUUUGCCUAACUACCAAUCUCCAGAUUAUGGGUCUUUGCAAAAAGUCUUAACUCUUAUGUCAAUUUCUAAAGACAACUCCAAAAUGAGAUGAGGUUGACCUAGGUGUUUUGUACAAGGUUCUGGACCUCCUCAUUGAGUGCCUCCCAUCAGUGUGUACUUUCUGUGCACAACCUGUCCCUUCAGCCACACUGUGCAUGUCCAGAGUUACAGGCCUAGAUGACUGAAUGAAUGUACAUGUGUUCAUAUUAUCUUCUUUGUACAGUGUAUAUAAUGUGUGUACAUAGGUGUACAUUAUGUAUACAGACAUGUAGCCACAUAUUCAAACUUCUAUGUUGUCAAGAGUUGAUGCUAGCGUUGCUAAUGUGAAUAGAUAUUGGGGUUGCAAGGUUCCCUUAACAGGAAUGUUGUGCAGGUGAGUUUCUUACCAACUUCAUUUUCCUUAGACAGGGAGCUGCCUGGGCCAGGUGGCACUAAUUCCUGCACAAGGAAGCCUCGAGCCAGAAAAGUCUGCUAGGAGGGCAGUUCUCUAAAUUUACAAGGGCCCAGAAGCUGCAAGAGAUGUUAGCCUANUAUCCAAAACUAAGGAUAAACUUGCUUUUCACAAACCAGUUUAGCAUAACUGGAAGGAGCUUGGUGACUGAGACCCUUGGUCUUCUCCAAAGGCUCCAAAGCUGGAGCUUUGUGUGGCUCAGACAUGGGCAUUUGGGAUCCAGGGGCUGCAGCAGUCUCCCUUGUUUACCCUGGGCUCUGUCAGCAAGACAUGGGGGCUCUCUGGUGGUAAAAACAAAAUACCAGUCUACCAAACAUUCUAUGAAAACAGUGCAGAUAGCUAAAAACCACAAUCAGUAAAUUAUCCUAACUUAACUACAUUCUGUAGAAGUUGUAUUUAAUAGUACGAAAGCUAAGGCUGACAUUUUCCUCAUCUACCAGGUCUUUGUUGAUAUUUGUCCCCUAUGAUUGGGAUUUUUAGGCUGAGAUGAGGACUUGGGAGACAGGGCCCAGUGGCCACAGUGAGCAAGCAUCUGGCUUGGAUGAAGCCAAGUGCAAAAAUUUGCCUGAUCCACAGGUUGCUCUUUGUGUUUUUGAAGUAAAUUACUGGAGUGUUUUAAGAAGUAAUUGUUAAGACUAUAGUCCUCAGUGCCUUUGGUGAGAUGUGGGUCUUUUGGCUUCAGCUUCCCACUNGUGUCUCUGGCCUCACCCUUUGUGGUUGUUCAAUCUUGCCUGUGUCAUUGCCUGUUGUGACAAUCACACUAUUAAAAGUGGCUUUCCAAGUAAAACACAGGGAAGCUUGGCAGUCCCUAAAUGAAUCCUUCCAUUUUCUCUUUGGGGGCUAUUGUCUUAGCAGCAACCUAACAGUAAACUUAAAAGUGGCUUAGGAAGGGGAACCAUCAGACAUUUCUAAUGCUCAGCAAUAUGCACUUUUAGUUAAUUUUCAAUAUUGAUAUUUAUACAUGGAAUGUAGGAAAAUGCUCAACAUUACCACUCUUAAGUUUUAGUGUUUGGGUAACAUUUGGUAUAGACUNCACAUUAAAAAUAGCCUUUCUUCAGGAAAGUACCAUCAGUUGUCAUCCCCACAGCCUACUCAUUCACGGAUGCUACUGCUGCUGCACACACAACUCAAGUGCUGGAAUAUUUUUCUAGUCUGUUUUCCCAAUUAACUUGUAAAUCAGUGUUCAACUAGUUUUAUAACUGAAAAGCUGCACAUUUUUGUCAUAGUACCAACUAGUUUGUACCUGUAGUUUGAAUUUCUCUGUUAAGAUACAACCUUAUCACCCCCACCCUCAACUCCCUUUUUAGAGGACAUCUACUAAAAGNAAGUCCAGUGUGGCAUUUUCUUGGGUAAUGACUGGUUGUGUAAUUUCUGCCCUUCACACUGUAGAAAACACCAUGGAUGCCAUUACCUUCUGAUUCCAGGUUAAAAACCUGCAGAGAGCUGCCAUUUUGUACAGCUUUUCUCCCCAUGUAAAUGAGCUAUGUGAUGGCAUUUAAAACCCGCAUGUUCUUUUUAAACUGAAUUUUCUAUCUAAUCAAUGUCUUCAGUCCUGAAGGAGAAUCUGCAUUGUUGUCUGUAUAGAGAGUUGCUGUGCAUGGUUACGAGCGCCUUUUACUAAAUGCUGUUCAAUGUGGCUUUGUUGUUGUGGCUUAAUACUACCUACAUGAGGUUUAUACUAUUAAAGUAAAUUCAAGACUA